AUGGCUGAGAGCUCCCUCUACCGGCAGAGGCUAGAGGUCAUCGCAGAGAAGCGGCGGCUGCAGGAGAAGAUCCGAGCGGCGCGCCUGGAGCUGGAGGAGGAGAAACUCCGCGUUGAGCGGCUCAAGAGGAAGUCUCUCCGGGAGCGUUGGCUGAUGGAUGGGGCGGCUGAGGGACCAGACUGGCCCAAGGACCCUGCCUCUCAGGAUCCCCAAUCGCCUGAGAGCCAGGCCCAGGCCCGAAUCCAGAACCUGGAAGACAGCUUGUUCACGCUCCAGGCCCAGCUGCAGCUGUUGCAAAGUGCAUCCACAGGUGCCCAGCACAAGCCCUUGGGCAGACCCACCUGGCGCAGACAGGGUCACCGUCCUCUUUCCCAGCCCACUUUGGAGGCAGGUCCUGCAGACCCACCAGAUCUACACAAGAGAGCCUCCCUGCCAGUUGGACCAGCAGGCAUGUCCCCGGAGUCCCCAUCUGAGCCCAGGGAGGAGGCUGUCGGGGUUUUGCCUCAAGACUCAAGGCGGGUCCCUGGGGUAACAAGAGCGUCCUCAGAAGCCAAUGGCCCCUGCUCCAGGCCCAGCCCUCCUCCGGAGCAAGAGCCGAGUAAGGGGACAGCAGUGGCAGAGAGGGGUGUGGAUGAGGCCAAAGGAGGGGACGUGGUGCAGGUGGUGUGGGAGGGGCUGAGGGUCACAGAGGACUGUGCCAUGGGGACCACAGGCCCAGAGCUGGAGGCUAAAGUGGAGGAAGUGGUGAUGGAAGCCAUCGGGGACAGGCAGCCAGCUGGCAGCCCCGAGCUCCCAUCCUGGGUGAAGGAGGACAGGGAUGUCGUGGAGGUGGUCUGGGAAGGGGUGGGGGGCACAGGGGGCAGCGACUUUGAGGGUACAGCAGAGGGAGGCAGGGGUCCGGAAGCUGCACAGCUGAGCUCACCAAGGCCCCUAAAACAGCUGCAGGAAGCAGCUUCUAGAGAAGGGGAGGUUGCUCCCGGGGGUAGCCCGGAGGGCAGUGGGCCGGGGGGCUCUGGAGGUGAGGAAGGGUCUUUCAUUUGGGUGGAGAGAGUGACCCUCAGUGAGGAAUGGGAGGAGCUGCUGGUGGAGGGGGUGGAAGGGCUGGAGGGGCUGGGGCCGAUGACAAGGGAGGGAGGAGAUAAGGGCCUAUUGGAGGCAGAGCAAGGCGGAGGAGGCAAGGACACCUGGGAGGUGGGGAGGGGGCGAACAGAAGAAUCAGUCGGGGUGGAGAAGAGAGAAGGUGAGGAGAAGCCGGGCACAGAGAGGGAAGGAGGAGAGGAGCCCCCUGGAGUAGAGAAGAAAGGAGGUGAGGAACAGCUGGGGGAGAGAAGAGAAGCUGAGGGAUCGCUGAAGACAGAGCAGGAAGGAAGUGAGGAAGAGCAGGGGGCAGAGCAGGGAGUUGAGGAAGCACUGGGAGAAGAGAAGAAGGGAGAUGAAGUACAGCCAGGGCCAGAGGAGGGAACAGAUGAAGAAUCAGUGGUGAAAGAGAGAAAAGGAGGUGAGGAGCCCCUGGGGGCAGAGAGGGCAGGAGGUGAGGAGCCCCUGGAGGCAGAGAGGGAGCCCCUGGAGGCAGAGAGGGCCGGAGGUGAGGAGCCCCUGGGGGCAGAGAGGGCCGGAGGUGAGGAGCUAGUGGACAUAGAGAAGACCCAAGGUGUGGAGGAAGAUCUGAGUCCAAAAGAGCAGAGAGAGUCAUUGGGGGAAAAGGAAUCUGAGGCCGGUGCUUCCCUGGGGGCCAAGGAAGAGCCAAGGCCAGAGGACGAAGGGCUACAGCCCCAGGAGAAACCGGAAGUCUCCCUAGAGGAGGCGGCGGCAAAGCCCCAAACUCCCACUGAGGACCAGGGCCCCUUGGGGGAUGCCACACCCCUCCUAGCAGAGACCGCCGUCUCAGAGCAGCCCACAGAGUGCCAGCCACUGCUGCUGGUGGAGGGGCCCAGCGCCAACCCCAGUGCCCGUCCUGUGCCCACCUAUGCCCCUGCCCAGCAGCCAGAGCCAUCUGCCCCCACUGAAGGCGAAGAGGCGAGUGGCCCUAAGCAAAAGACGUGCCAGUGUUGUGCGGUUAUGUGA